GAGCUCAUGGCUCAGCACUCUUCUUGCAUCAAGAAAAAAAAUCACAGAAAGUCCUGGUCUGAAGAGGAAGAUCCAGCAGAUGUUAUAUCCCGCGAACUGAAGCAGAUGGAACUGAGAGAUGCACUAGAGUCUGCAAACAAUGAAAAAGAAAAAAACAAUGAAGGGAGAGGUGAAAGCUCUACACAUAGAAAACACUUAGGAAAUGAAGAGGAGGGUAUUCAGAAUCAAGUCCCUAGCCAUUCUGCACUUGAUUUUGGUACAAAACGUAUUCAGAUGGUGGAGUUACGACGGUUAAGAAAUGGUGAAAUCAGAGAGCCUUUCAAACCAUAUAGACGACUUGAACAUCCCCAGCCUAUUCCUGGUCUGCAACAAAUAAUAGAUAGUCAUCGACCAAAGUCAGAUCGCCAAGCCAAAAUGAUAUCACUACAAGAGUCUAUAACCCUAGAACGUAGCUAUCUCUCCAAAAUGAAGGAGAGAGAGCUGAAAAAGACAGUGGAAGCACUUGCACAGAUGAAAAGAUGCAAAAAUGGAAAUUGGAUUACCUCCCAAAGCAUCAUCGUUGAAGUACAGGGAUGUCAAUGUUGGAAAGCAUCUCUUGGAUUCAGAUGAAGAGGAUAUUUGUUACUUACCUGCUCAUGCAGAUGAUUAUGAUGAUGAUGAAGAAGAAUUUUAUGGAGGUUGAUUGUUAACAUUUUCAAGAUUAAAAUGUGUACCACAA